AGAAAGGCCCUUGAGAGAGCUAUCAAAGAGCAUAACCAAGGACUUGAGAAAGUGAAAUCAGCUUUAGAAGAUUUUGCUAGCAAAUACACAAUAAAGGGGGAGCCUGGUAUUACUCCUCUGCAAUUUUUCCAAAAUAAGAAAACUAUUCUCAAAAAUUUUAUCAAAAAUCAUAGAAAUACAAAAGUAAAAUUUGUCUUGGUUUGUAUGAUGGGAAAAACGGAAGGUGAUUAUAAACUAAGUUUUGAAGUUCAAGACAGAGCGUUUUUUCAUUCAGAAACUUAUAUCAAUCUUGUAUCAACUGAUGUAAAACUUUUGCUUAAAAAAAUUAUUCGUGACAUCACAGAAAAGAUCAUAGUCUUUCAACAAAAUGGUAGUGGCUGGUAUUUCAAAGAUGUUAUUCAACUUGAAAUUCAUACUGUUGAAUUUGAUCCUUUGAAAGGUUCCUCUUACAUACCUCUUCCAGAUUGGAUUAUGAGAAAAAAAGCAAUAGUAAGCAUCAGAAAUAAAGAUGAUAAAUGUUUCUUGUGGAGCAUACUCCGUUAUCUUCAUCCAAGAGAGAGGAAUGAUUGUCGUUUAGCAGAUCUAAAACAAUAUGAGCAUGAGAUCAAAAUUCCAAAAGGAUUCGUUUUUCCGGUCAAAACCAAUGAUAUAACUAAAUUUGAAAAUGCUAACCCUAACUUACCAGGCAUCAAUGUAUUCUCAAUUAAUUCUGACAAAAAGUUUUAUACUCUAAGGUUGGCUUUACGUGAUCCUCAAAAUUCAAUAGACUUAUUUCUUUAUGAAGAGGAUGGGAAAUGUCAUUACUCACUGAUUAAAAAUUUUUCUCGUCUUUUAAGAUCACAGAUUACAAAAAGAACAGAUGAACCAAUUCAUAUUUGUAAAAGAUGUCUCAAUGGUUUCACAAAAGAUUCAAUAUUACAAAGACAUAUUUUUUACUGUAAGAAAAACGGGACAGCUUAUGUUAGAAUGCCAGAACCAGGAAAAACGACUUUAAAAUUUGUAAAUCAUCACAAACAAAUUCCAUUUCCUUUUGUAGCUUAUGCGGAUUUUGAGUGUUUUACUAAACCAAUAAAUACUUGCUGCCCCAAUCCAGAAGAUUCUUAUGAGUAUAACUAUCAAAAACACGAACCAUCAGGAUUUUGUAUUUUUAUUAAAGGAGUUGUUGAUGAAAAAAUAAAGCCAAUCACUUAUACUAAAGAAGAGGAUGAUGAUGAUGUAGCAAAAAUAUUUGUAGAAAAACUCACAGAAGCAACUAGAGCAAUAUAUAACGAUUACUAUCGAAGACCAAAACCUCUUAAACUUACCCAAAACCAACAAAAAUUAUUUGAUAAGGACAAAUUUUGCCAUAUUUGCCACACAGAAUUAUUGGAUGAUAGAGUCAGGGAUCACUGUCAUUUUACAGGUCAGUAUAGAGGUGCUGCUCAUAACAGUUGUAAUCUCAAGUGUAGAAAACCAUUAGUACUCCCAGUUAUAUUCCAUAAUCUUCAAGGGUAUGAUGCUCAUUUGUUUAUAAAGCAACUGGCAAGCUUACCAGGAGAAUUUCAAUGCAUACCUUCAACUGAAGAGAAAUAUAUAUCAUUCUCUAAAAAAAAUAAAGUUGAUGAAUACAGAUCUAGAAAAACUGGAGAUAUGGUUCCAUUAUAUUUUGAAAUUCGUUUUAUAGACUCUUUCAAAUUUCUUCAAACAUCUCUUGCAAAACUUGUAGAAAAUUUGGAACCAACAGACUUUAUAAACACAAAAAGAGAGUUUAAGCAACAUACUGAAUUGCUAACCCGCAAAGGAGUCUAUCCUUAUGAUUACGUUUCAAAUCUAAAAAAGUUUUCUGAAACACAAUUACCGCCAAAAGAAGCGUUUUAUUCAAAGUUAAAUGACGAAGACAUAAGCGAAGAUGAUUACAAACACGCAAUAAACGUGUGGAAUACUUUUAAUUGUAAAACAAUCAGAGAUUAUCACGAUCUUUAUCUUAAGUCUGAUGUCCUACUAUUAGCCGAUGUGUUUGAAAACUUCAGGAAAACUUGUAUGAAACAUUACGGUCUUGAUCCAGCUCAUUAUUAUACAUCCCCCGGUCUUGCUUGGGAUGCUUGUCUCAAAGAAACAAAACAAGAACUACAACUACUUGAUGAUUACGAUAUGCUAAUGAUGUUUGAAAUGGGAAUUCGUGGUGGUAUAUCUCAUAUAUCAAAGAGAUAUGCAGAAGCUAACAAUAAAUACAUGAAAUCUUUUGACCCCCAAAAGCCUUCAACAUUUAUUCAAUAUCUUGAUGCAAACAAUCUUUAUGGUUGGGCUAUGUCUCAAAAUCUUCCGACACAUGGAUUCAAAUGGAUGAGAAAUAUUAAAAAAGAUAAAGUUAUGGAAAUUCUUGAAAAAGCAAAUCAUAGCAUGUCAAAUCGAGGAAAAACGGGCUAUAUUUUUGAAGUUGAUCUAGCUUACCCCAAAAAGCUAUGGGAAUCACACAAUGACUAUCCUUUAGCUCCUGAAAAGAAGCAAGUUAGCGUUGUAGAAAAACUGAUUUGUGAUUUCGAACCAAAAAAGAAUUAUGUUGUUCAUUACAGAAAUCUUAGGCAAUAUCUCGAAAUGGGAUUGAGGAUAACUGCGGUUCAUAGAGGAAUAUCUUUUCAACAAUCCCCCUGGAUGGAACCCUAUAUAAGAAAGAAUACAGAAUUGCGUAAAACAGCAACCAACAGUUUUGAGAAAGACUUUUUCAAACUCAUGAAUAACUCAGUUUUUGGAAAGACAAUAGAAAACAUUAGAAAAAGACAAAACAUAAAACUGGUUGAUAAUCGUAAAACAGCUUUCAAACUUACAAAAAAGCCUAACUUUGAAAGAGCAACUAUUUUUGAUAAAAAUCUUGUUGCUAUUCAUAUGAAAAAAACAGAGAUUUAUUUUAACAAACCAGUCUAUGUGGGCCAAGCGAUCUUAGACUUGUCCAAAACAUUAAUGUUUGAUUUUCACUACAAAUAUAUAAAACCAAAAUAUGGAAAAAAAGCUGAGCUACUUUUUACAGAUACGGAUAGUUUAAUGUAUCAAAUUCAAACAGAAGAUUUUUAUAAAGAUAUAUCAGCUGAUAUAGAAACCAAGUUUGAUACAUCUGAUUACUCAAAAGAUCAUCCAUCUGGAAUUCCAACAGGUUUAAACAAAAAAGUAAUUGGAAUGUUCAAGGAUGAAGUUGCUGGAAAACAAAUCACACAUUUUAUAGGUCUUCGCCCGAAGCUUUACAGCUUUAAAAUAGAAGACGGUAAAAACAUAAAAAAGUGUAAGGGAAUAAAAAAGUCUGUUAUAUCAAAAGGAAUUACAUUUGAGCAUUAUUUUGAUUGUUUAUUUACAGGGGAGAAACAAAUGCGAAGUAUGAAAAUAAUACAAAGUAAGAAUCACGAUAUAUAUUCCAAAGAGGUUAAUAAAAUAGCUCUGAGCUGCGAUGAUGACAAAAGGCUGGUACUAAGCAACAAAGUUAAUACUAAAGCAAUAAGGCCGAAUUAA